AACAGCACUAGUUUACGACAGCCACGCACUCUUUACGACAUCACAAUAGCAAAAUGGCGUCUGGCAGUGGGUCCAAGAAUGAUUUUCGACGCAAAUGGGACAAAGAUGAAUACGAACAGCUGGCCCAGAGACGAAUCACGGAAGAGAGAGAGAAAAAAGAUGGCAAGCCUGUGCCCCCCGUCAAACGGGAGCUUCUCCGUCACAGAGAUUAUAAAGUGGAUCUGGAGUCAAAACUGGGGAAGACUAUCGUCAUCACUAAGACCACGCCACAGGCUGAGAUGGGAGGGUACUACUGCAAUGUCUGUGAUUGUGUAGUAAAAGAUUCCAUAAACUUCUUAGAUCAUAUUAAUGGUAAAAAACAUCAGAGAAACUUGGGGAUGUCCAUGCGAGUAGAGCGCUCUUCAUUGGACCAAGUUAAAAAACGUUUUGAAGUGAACAAGAAAAAAAUGGAGGAAAAGCAGAAGGAGUAUGAUUUUGAGGAACGAAUGAAGGAGUUGCGAGAGGAGGAGGAGAAGGCAAAAGCAUACAGAAAAGAGAAGCAAAAGGAAAAGAAAAGAAAGGCAGAAGAAGACCUCAACUUUGAAGAUGACGAUGAAAUGGCUGCUGUGAUGGGAUUCUCAGGUUUUGGAUCCUCGAAAAAAGGCCACUAAUCACUCAUUUCCAAUUUUCACCAAGGCCUUCUCUGAAUGGGUUUUUCUGAACUGUAUGAACAUUUUCAAGAACUUCAUUAUUCCUUCACAGGACCAGACAGCUUUUUUUAUCGCAACAAACUGUGAAAUACUCCUGAUUCAACAUGUGGUAAAAACCUUUAGUAGGUUAACCUGUUUUUGGCCCUUGAUCAUAGAACAUCAGCUAACUCCGUCAUUCUAAAUUAAACUUCUUGUUAUAAUUAAGUUUUUGUUAUAUAAGGUCAUUGUGUAAAUAGGGCUGCAUUAUGCAUAUAUGCUUUUAUCAGUUGUGUCUCAAGUAACCCUUUUACCCCUUCUGCACAUAGAGACAGGAAAAGUUCAAAUUAAAACAUUACCUUUUUUUU